GGAGAAUAACGAUAGGGGAGGAAUCGGGAAAAGGAAGAGAGACCAUGGCAGGGCCAGCGCGUGGUGAGAGGGUAGGGAGGAAUCUAGGUGCUAGCUCCAGCUGAGCUGGAAAGGGAAUCCUCGGACCUCUGCCAGGGAACAGCGUCCAGAUUGCCUUCCCCCCUCGGUGGCGUUGGGAUGCCUGGAAACCCAGGUCCUUUCUGAAAGCUGAAGGCACUGAUCCCGACAGCCAGUUGUAUGAUAUGGGAUAUACCCCUGAGGAGGAAACUUCGACCUGUCCUGAUGAGUUUGAUGACUUUGUCACGUUUGAGGCAAAUGAGGUGACUGACAGUGCUUACAUGGGCUCAGAGAGCACGUACAGCGAGUGUGAAACCUUCACGGAUGAAGACACCAGCACACUAGUACAUCACGAGAUGCAUGACGAAGUCGAAACAGACAGUGCCAUCGAUUCCACAGUGCAUUCGGAGUUCACGGACCCUAUCGAGGAGCCAGAGCAUGGGUCCCAUCCGCACGACCUCCCCCUGGGCUCCGACCUCAGCCACUCCAUCGUUACAGUAAUUAGUGGAGAGGAGCACUUUGAGGAUUAUGGAGAAGGGAAUGAAGCGGAUUUGUUCUCGGACAGCUUGUGUAAUGGGGAAAGCAGCUUUAAUAGCUCCUCUUUCCUCUCUCCCAGCACCAAUCCGCUCGCUGCGAAACUGCACAGCAUUAUCGCAGAUGAAGCAUUUGAGUUUUACUGUAGCCAGUGCCACAAACAAAUCAACCGCCUUGAGGAUCUUUCUGCUCGCCUGAAUGAUCUUGAAAUGAAUAGUCCAAAUAAGAGACUCUCAAGCAAGAAGGUAGCAAGACAGCUGCAUCAGACAGGCACGCUGUCUGUGGGUGUGAUGGAGGAGUCUUACCGGGAUACUCUGGACUGUACAGAAGAGGACAUCACAGACAAGGUUGUCUUCUUGGAGAAGAGGGUGACUGAGCUGGAGAAGGACACAGCUGCCAACGGCGAACAGCACAGCCGACUGAAGCAGGAAAACCUGCAGCUUGUGCACAGAGCAAAUGCUCUCGAGGAGCAGCUGAAGGAGCAGGAGCUGCGAGCUGACCAAACACUCCUGGAGGAGAUCAAGAAGCAGAGGGAGCUGUUGAGCAAAAUGGAGAGAGAGAAGAGCAUCGAGAUUGAGAACCUGCAGGCCAGGCUGCAGCAACUGGAUGAUGAGAACAGCGAGCUGAGGUCCUGUGUCCCUUGUUUAAAAGCCAACAUUGAGAGACUUGAGGAGGAGAAGCAGAAGUUGCUGGAUGAGAUCGAAGACCUUACGGUCCAGCUCACAGAUGAGCAGGAGAACAAGAGGAAGAUGGGGGACAAGCUGAAUCAGGAGAGACACCAGUUUCAGAAGGAGAAGGAGUCUACCCAGGAGCUCAUCGAGGACCUCCGGAAGCAGCUUGAGCACUUGCAGCUCUUCAAGCUGGAAGCUGAGCAGCGAAGAGGCAGGAGCAGCAGCAUGGGGCUCCAGGAGUACAACAACAGGACGCGGGAGACGGAGCUGGAGCAAGAGAUCAGGCAGCUCAAGCAGGAUAACAGGAACCUGAAGGAGCAGAACGAUGAACUGAAUGGACAGAUCAUUAACUUGAGCAUCCAGGGAGCCAAGAACCUCUUCUCAGCCUCCUUCUCAGAGUCCUUGGCUGCAGAGAUCAGCUCCGUCUCCAGAGACGAGCUCAUGGAAGCAAUUCAAAAACAAGAAGAGAUCAACUUCCGCCUGCAGGAUUACAUUGACAGGAUCAUCGUGGCCAUCAUGGAGACAAACCCCUCCAUCCUGGAAGUGAAGUAAGGGCGGCCAAGAGCCGUGAGUUGCGCGCUCUUCGUUGGGUGUGGAUUUGGUGCUCUGAGAGGAAAAAGAGGACUUGAAACGUCUUUGCUCUUGAUGAAGGCACAAGGAAGCAUCACGUCAGAUCGAUGGGUCAAUUAUCCAGUGGACCAGGGAAAAAGAAAAACAGCAGCAGCACUUUGUUGUCUGACUCUGUUAUUUUGAAACCCUUCUGCCUUUGGAGGAUGAAAGGGAACCUGGAGAAGAAACACAGGCAACGGGCAGCCGGAGGAAGGACCUGUAUUGUCCCCGCUACCAGUAAAGCUUGGCAAGUGGCCGUGCACGGGAACUGUCCCUACUGCGAGCGUCCGAGCCUCUGACGCACAGGGUGUGAACAGGAGCUUGCCAACACCGGGGCUGUAAGCAGAAGGUUUCUCUGAACCGUAGGAUAAAGGGAUGGAGAAGGAAGGGGCAGAGCUGGCGUUUUCCCCUGCUGCCCUGUCCAGCCCAAGUGUCUGCUUUGCCAAAGUGUCCAUGACACACUCACUCACUGGGGCAGACCUAGGAAAGAGGGAAACAUGUCCUGGACUUGUAGAAUUUUUUGUAUUAACUUAAUGCAAGUUCGUUCAUCCAGCUGGCACAGUUAAUCCUUGCCCUGCUGCUUUUGCUUGGGAAGGGGGUCGCGUGCAGAGAGCUAGCUGGCUUCUCUCUCGCUCGCUGGUGGAAGGAAGAGGCAGGGGAGCGGCCUUCUCUGGGACAGGGCGUCAGUGCAGUUUGUCACCUGCCUCCUUAUUUAUUUUUGCUGUCUGUGGCUCGCUCCCCUCAGCACACC